AUGCAAGCUGUCAAGAACACUAUUGCCGAAAACUUCGGCGGUCCUUCUCACAAACUCGCGGAAGAGAAGUUCGAUCUAGAUGAUGUGCCCGACUUGAGCGGUAAAGUAGCGGUGGUCACAGGAGGUACAGAAGGUAUCGGCUUCGGCGUUACCCAUACCCUUCUCUCCAAAGGCAUUUCCAAGCUUUUCGUGACUUCGCUCCGCAAGGAGGUCGCCGAUGAUGCCCUCUCUGCUACUGAGGAGGAGUUCGGUCCCGAGACACGCCAGCGCUUCAUCUGGAUCCAAUGUGACCUGUCGGACUGGGAGCAGACUGCUAAAGUGGCAGCUGAGAUUGCUUCGCAGACGGACCGCAUCGACAUCCUUGUCAAUAAUGCCGCCCGGGGCGUCAUGACACGCCAGCUGGCUCCUACUAACGGGAUUGACCUGCACAUGGCAGCCAACCACAUGGGUCACGUCGUGCUGACCUCGCACCUGCUCCCAACGCUGAAGAAGACCGCCGACGCUGGAGACACUGUUCGUAUUGUCAACGUCUCCUCCAAUGUAGAAGGAAGCACGCCCAAGGAUACGGAGUUCGCGUCUGUGGAGGAGUUGAAUCGCGAAUAUAGCCCCACAGAGCUGUAUGGUCGGUCCAAACUGGCUGUGCUCCUAUAUGCUAAGUGGCUCAACGCCCACCUCCGACCCACACACCCCAAUAUCAUUGUUAAUGCAACUCAUCCGGGGGUCGUCGAUACGGCGCAGACAAAUGUCCAUAUCCAUGAGGCCCAUCCCGUGCUUGGGUAUGGCCUGUCCGCCGGCUUAAAACCGUUUCGGAAGAGUCAGUUCCAAGGGGCCGUGUCCACCAUGUAUGCCGCGACCAUGGCGACCGAAGGUGGACAGUUCAUUAAUCCACCACGAAUCGUGGAAAGAGGCAGUGAUAAGGCCAAUGACAUGGAGUUAGCGGACAGGCUGAUGAAGUUGACAGCUGAGGUGGUGGAGAAGAAAACACGGCCGCACAGUAGCGCCAAGGGUUGUCCGUUUACCGAGGACUAG